UGCUAAGGUCCUGCUAAAACUUAUUACCUUUUUCCCCAUUCCGCAUUUUCUUGGGGUAAAGAACACUCCUUUUGUUGAAACUCACUUCACUGAGAGCUUGUAUCAACUUUUCAAUCUAAACCCAGGGGUUCAGAGUCAGUUUCCUUCCACAGAAGGUAUCCCUGACUGUCGAACAAGUCAGCACCAUAGCUACCUUCCUGAAAUGGAGAAAAGAGCUUGCCUAAUUUCUAGUUCUGUUCAAGAAAAGGAUGCGUAUAAGUUGGUGGACAGAAUCAGUGAGCUGCCGGAUGAAAUUCUGGUUAGAAUCUUGUCUCUCUUGCCACUAAAGGAAGCUGGAGCCACCAGUACCCUUUCUCGGCGUUGGCUUUAUAUGUGGGCAUCCACUAAAAAUCUCAAUUUUGAUGCUGAUGAAACUGUACGGCGUUAUUAUUGGGAGUACAACCAAGAACUCAAAGACCAGGAAAGCUCUAAAUAUGUAGAUUGGGUCAAUCAUGUGGUGGAACAGCAUAGAGAGCAGGAGGACUUGGAACAAUUUAGGGUUUGCUUCCUUGGUCUAGAUAACCGUUUUACUAGUUCAAUUGAUAAAUGGAUUCAGUUUGCAAUGAAAAAGAGAGUUCAAGUUCUGGUGUUGGAUUUUGUGACGAGAUUAUAUGAUGCAAAACAUUACACAUUUUCAAACUACCUAGAAACGUCCUCUGAACACUUUAACUUUGAAUCCCUCAAAGUUCUUCAUUUGGAAUGUGUUAAUGUGACUGGAGAUGUUCUUGAGUGCAUGUUGCGAAACUGCCCUUUUCUUGAACAAGUAUCAGUGUAUUAUGCCAACAAUUUGGUUGAGUUAAGCGUUGUCGAUCCAUCCAUUGCACUCAAGUAUUUGGAGAUAAGAUAUUGUGGUGACAUCAAAAGGAUUCAGAUUCAUGAUGCAAACCUUGUUUCAUUGUCUUAUAGUGGAUGUCCCAUAGAAUUGGAUCUCAGUAAUGUGCCCUUGCUGAUUGAGGUAUCCAUUUGUUAUGAUGGGUUUACUGAUGAAUCCAUGAAACUUGCCUUCACCCAUCUUUCUUGCUGCAUAAAUCAGCUACAGACUCUCAUGCUGGAUAUCCCCAUGUUCGUGCAGGUCCACCAAAAGAAUUUCCCUGUACUACCAAAUCUCAAGAAUUUAGAAGUAAGAGUCUGCGCAGAUGCUUGCCGGAAUACUCUUCCUGUGUUAACCUCUUUCAUGAAGGCAUUUCCCAAUUUGCAGAGGCUUGUUUUGAAGUUGGAAUUCUCCUUUCCAUUUAACCCAACAGAAGGAGAGAAUAUGUUUAAAGGACUAUGCUAUGGCAUUUACACUGAGAAAUGUCCACAUCAUAACAUCAAGGUUGUUGAAAUACUAGGGUAUCGUCAUGCUUCAACUACUGUUGAGCUUGUCAACUAUAUGGUAAAGAAUGUUGUUGCGCUAGACAAAAUUGUUAUUGAUCCUGCCCGGAAUUGGGCACAUCAUGGUACCAGAGCGAAUAAGAGAAUUGAAGAGGUCAAGCUUGAAGAAGAGGCCAGAGAUCAUGCUAUGCACUUUAUUAGAAAAGUAGUGCCAUCAAGUGUAGAAUUUGUCUGCCUGUAGUAUGCACAACAGUCAUUUUGUUCCAGUUUCUGCACUCUCUCAUUUCUUUGUUUUGUUUCUGUUUUAAUUUGUUGCUUCCUUCUUGCUUCUACCAAAUAUGUAUGUAUUGACGGAAAAUAUUGCUGUUCGACAGACCUGUCUUCGUGCCCUGUAAUGUGUAGGACGGUCACACUUAAGUGGAUAUUAUCUCGUAAACUUAAAGCUGCUUACCUCUA